AUGAUAUCAUGGACCUCCUCGGCUGGGGCACAGUUUUACACUGCCACCAUCACAAAUGAAGACGGCCAAUCGAAAGCAUGUCUGUCCAACGUCACGCAGUGUGGCAUAGCAGACAUCCGCUGUGGACAGACGUACACAGUCACCGUUGUUGCCAGCAACCAGCAGUGUGACUCUGAGCCCAGUGAUCCUGACGCUGUAGAGUCCGUGCCUUGUGUUCCUACUGAUGUGAUGGUGAAAAUGGACUGCUCCAAAAACAUGGCACACUUGUCCUGGAAUGCCAGCAAAGGAGCCCUGUCUUAUAAAGCCAUGGUUGUGAAUUCACGAGGACAUCCCGUGUCCUCCUGUGAGGUCACUGACCUGAUGUGCUACAUCACCAACCUGGCCUGCGGCCAGUCCUACUCCACUGAAGUCGUGGCACUGGACGAUACGUGCUCAAGUUUGCCCAGCAAAGCUGUCAGCUUCAACUCAGUUCCCUGUACACCUAACAUCAGCUCAGUGGCUUUGGACUGUUACACCAACUCAGCCCUGUUGAGCUGGGGAUAUGCUAAAGGCGCUGUAUACUACACCGCCACAGCCCAGUCUGCUAACAGCCAUGUUUCUACGUGUCAAUCCAACUUCACCAACUGUGAGUUGCAGAAGCUGAUGUGUGGACAGACCUACACUGUGUUCACUAUGGCCUCAGAUGGACAAUGUGACAGCCCCCCAAGCACCAGUCUACAAGUCGAUUCAGUGCCGUGUGCUCCUGAGGCUGUCGUAGCUGAAGUGGACUGCACUAUGAACUCAGCCCGCGUGGAGUGGCAGAGCAGCAUCGGGGCCAAUUCCUACAUCGUCCAAGCCAUCGGCCUGCAAGAACACACAUCUGGCUGUGAAACACACUCCCAGUCCUGCAUCAUCUCAGAUCUCAUGUGUGGUUUCACCUACAACAUCAGCGUGCUCGCCGUGAACAGCGUGUGCAACGUGACAGAGAGCACUGUCACACAGCUGCAAACAGUGCCUUGUGUGCCCCAGCAGGUGGAGGCCCGGGUUGACUGUAGUUUUGGUGAUGUGGCCGUCUCUUGGGAGCACAGUAAAGGGGCGUCUUCCUACACUACUGUUGCCAUGGGCAACGGUGGUUACGCAGCCACAUGCAACAGCAGCGAGACGUCGUGCCACUUCAGCAAUUUACUUUGUGGUAUUUCCUACUCCAUCACCGUGUCGGCAUCAAGUGACGAAUGUGCCAGUGCCGGAAGCACUGCCGUGCAGAUCGACACAGUACCCUGUGUGCCUCAGAACGUGUUCGCUGAGAUAAUGUGCAGUAACAACACAGGACUGGUGUCAUGGGAAGAAGGAGACGGCGCAACAUCCUACAUGGUGCAUGCUUAUGGACUCGAUGGUCACAGGACCAAGUGUAACAGCACUGCAACCAGCUGCCAGCUACCCAGCAUGCACUGCGGGCAGCUCUACAACCUGACAUUAACAGCCCAGGAUGGGCAGUGUGAUAACAGCAACGCCUACCUCAGCCUGCAGUCAGCACCCUGCAGCCCGACAAAUGUCAAAGCUGCUUUGCAGUGCCACUUAGACUCCGCUGCGGUCACAUGGGAGCAAGCCAGCGGAGCAUCUGCAUACCACGCAGUGGGUGUCACAGCAGACGGUCACUACAGGCAGGAGUGCAACAACACGGAGACCUACUGUGACCUGAACAACCUGCUGUGUGGGCAAACCUACAACGUGAGCGUGUUCAGCCACGACGAGUCCUGCAGCAGCCUGGAGAGUGACAGGGCGUACGUACGCACAGUUCCCUGUGCACCGCAGGAUGUGGCAGUGGCUGUCAGCUGUGCUGAGGGUGCAAUGACCAUAUCCUGGUCCCCAAACCCCGAUGCCGAGUAUUUCCAUGUGCUGGCAGUGAGUAACAACUGGGCAAGGCUCCACUGUAACUCAAGUGGUUCUGCGUGCACCAUCAGAGGCCUGACAUGUGGACAGAGCUACAACAUUACCGUGAUAUCUGUAAGAGAUGGCUGCGAGAGCAAGAAGAGCGCUGCUGUGCACGUUUAUUCAGCUCCAUGCGUGCCGACAAAACUUUUCAGUCGUCUGGACUGUGUAACAAAUAACGCCUGGGUGACCUGGGAUACUUCAGAUGGAGCCUCCAGCUACUUUGUCCUGGCACAAAGUGGAAGGCACAGUUCCAGCUGCAGUGACUCCUCCUCUACCUGUAGCGUGCCGGAUCUGAAGUGCUCCACACUUUAUUCCUUCUACAUCACUGCCAUCAACAAAGACUGCCACAGUAACCAGAGCAGCCCCGUUACGCUUCAGACAGGUCCCUGUGCUUUCACAUCCAUCAGCGCUGUGACACAAUGCAACAGCGACACAAUCCUAGUUGAGUGGGAGGUGAUGGGCAACACGCGGAUUUACUUGGUGACAGCUGAAGGCCAUGACCAAAGCAUCCUUACCUGUAACACCACCUCAAGCUCGUGUGUGCUCCAGGAUGUACGCUGCGGCAUGCACUACAGCAUCAUUGUUGCAACAGCGUCCGAUAAGUGCAGCAGCCUCAGAAGCCCUCCGAAGAAAAUCACAACAGCACCCUGUGUCCCAGAAGACGUGGCAGUGGCGCUGACAUGCGAGGACGAUGGGGCCACAGUGUCCUGGGCCCCCUCUGAUGUAGCCAUAUCAUACCAAGUGACAGCCAAAGCAAUGGACGGACAAGAUUUGGGCUGUGUGACAUCAUCGAGCAACUGCAGCCUGCACGGUCUGCACUGUGGCCAAACGUACAACUUAAGCGUCACUGCCAGUUCACACAACUGCAGCGGGGAACCCAGCAUCAGCUCUUUCAGAAGCGUGCCCUGUGCACCUGUCGGUCUGGCAGUGGACAUUCAGUGUGAAAACAACUCUGCCAUCCUGUCCUGGAAUGCCACAGAGGGCACCGUGGAGUAUUUCGGCUGUGCUCAAACAACAGAUGGCGACAUGCUUUACUGUGGCACUACUGAUGCAACAUGCACCAUCGAAGGCCUCGAAUGUGGUCACAAGUAUAAUUUCUCUGUCGAAGCAUCGACUGGAGUCUGCAACAGCUCAGUUGGUGCGCCUCUACUGGUCGGAGCAGUUCCAUGUGCGCCGAAUUCCGUGGAUGUCCGACUGCAGGAGAUCGAUCAGUCUCAGUGGGUCAUGGUGACAUUCGAAGCCAUUAACUGUUCUGAUGUUGAGUACCUGGUGGAGAUCUCCGGACAAAUUGAAGGCAGUCAGCAGGCCCAGAUAAUGCUCUCUUCUUAUUGGACAUCCAGGAUAUACUUUGAAUUCCCAGUGCCCUGUAGCACAUGGUUUAUUGUUAUUGUACGCUCCAGAAACUCAGCUGGGAUUGGCAAGAGCUACAACGCGUUCACUGGGAUCACAGCCCCUUGUCCUCCACAGAAUGCGAGAUACACUGGUGACAAACAGUCAGCCGUGCUGUCGUGGGAUGCGUCAGUAUUUGCCCAGCACUACACUGUCUACAGUACUUCCACAGGAAAACGCGUCAUGCUCUGUGACACCACUGCGCUCUCCUGCCAGCUGACCAACUUCGAUCCCAGCACCACUGAAGUGACAGCCAGCAACGCCGCGGGAGAGAGCAACCCUCAGCGAACUAUUACAGCUGCUAGUUAA